UCCCCACAGAGAAGAUGGACUACCCCAAUUGUGAUCCUCUCAACUACAGUGAUCCUAUAAAGUGCUGGGAAAACUUCAGCAAAAACGAAUCUGACUUCUACGAAAAUGACGACUUUUGUGAGCCCAGUACAAGCGAGAAGUAUGUCAUCCCAAUGUUCCAGACAUGCGCCUUUUGCCUGAUUUUCUUCGUGGGAGUUCUGGGAAAUUGUCUGGUGAUCGCCACCUUUGCUCUCUACCGACGCCUCCGGCUUCGUUCCAUGACUGAUGUGUUUCUCUUCCACCUAGCGCUGGCUGAUCUCCUCCUGCUCCUCACUCUCCCUUUGCAGGCAUCCUACACUCACUGGGGUUGGAUUUUCCCUGUCGCCCUCUGCAACGUGAUGCGUGCAUGCUAUGCCAUCAAUACGUACAGCGGACUGUUGCUGCUCGGCUGCAUCAGCAUUGACCGCUACAUGGUUGUGGCACGAGCCCAACAGAUGCUACGACUGCGCAGCCAGAUACUAACGGCGGGGAAAGUUGCUGCUGUAGUUGUCUGGAUCGUUGCCAUUCUCUUGAGCUCGCCUGAAAUCCUCUACUCUGGGGUUUCUGAGUCUGAGUCUGAUGGCAAGAAAUACUGUGUCAUGCAAAAGAGUGGGCACGUCAAGAUGACCACCAAUGGAGCUAUCAUAGGCGUCUUCUGCGUGUCUUUUUUCACCAUGGUGGUAUGCUACACUUCCAUAGGUGUGGUUCUGUGGGAAGGCCACGUGCAUCGCCGUGGGAAGCAGUGGCACCGGCAGCGCACGCUAAAGCUCAUGGUUGCCCUGGUGCUGGUUUUCCUGAUCUUCCAGCUUCCAUACACGGUGGUUUUGUCUCGGAAAAUAGCGGGGCAAUCCUGCGAUCUGAUGGGGGAGUACAUCACCUGCACUCUGGCAUACACACGCUGUUGCCUCAACCCCAUCCUGUACGCACUGGUUGGCGUACGUUUUCGCAAAGACGUACUGCAGCUCAUGCAUGACUCUGGCUGUCCAUGUAGACUGCAGCUGAAGCUGCACAGUGUCCACUCCACAUCCAUCUCUGCCUCUUCUCCUGCUCUCACUGUCCUCUCGGUUGUCUCCCCAACAUCACCUGAUCGCAGUUGCUCCAGUAGGGAUGGAUUAACCUCUCUCAAGUUUCAGUUUCCAACAAGCGAAUGAUCUCGAAAGUAGAACAUAAGUGUCUUUGCUUUAAAUAUGUCUUGUAGCAUAAUGAACGGACGUUGGAAAUCAGUUUAAAAGUAAUUGGAUCCUCUCCUCAAUUUCUGUAUUGGUUUCCGGCAGCACGACUUUAAGCAUCUGCAGCUGAUCGCUUCACAACAAAGCAGAUUUUAUCAGUCGCUUUUAGAUCUUUAAACUCCAGUCUCAUGUGUCAAGAAGGAGCUUCUUAUAAAAGCUACUGCUCUUUAAGAUGUUGAAUAUUACUGUAGUGAUAAUGAUAAGUUGUACAGAUUUUUCCACUCAGCAUGAACAGAUGUUAAUUGUUGUUGGUCAAAGCUAAAAAAAAAAAAAAAAAAAAGGGGGGAGAGACUUUAAUUUUUAUACACCCAUUUUGUACAGUUUACAUUUUAAUACCCAACUAUGAGAAAAUAACGUUUUGCUUUAUUGUAUAGAAAUUCACAGCAGCCUUUGUGAUUUGUUCAACCUGUAAAUAUUUUAUUUUUGUUUUUGGCUUCGCUUUCAAUUUUUGUAACUUAUUGCAUUAUACAUCAUUUAUUUUUGCUGUACAAAGCUUGUCCUGUUUUCUAUGAAGAACCAUUGUUGAA